AGGCGGGGCGGAGCGAGGGGGCCGUGCUUCCUGGGGUGCAGAUCUGGUUUCUCCUGGCUCCCAGCUGUGCUAUAUAAGAGCUGCACCACUGGCCUUGGUGACUGAGACACAGACCCCCAGCUGAGGAGCCCCCAUCCAACUGACCAACUGACCGCACCCCAGGGCCUGAGAAACAUCUCCAGGGACUGAGUUCUGGGGGGCCCCCACGGCUCUGUGAAGUGUCCUCAGUCCAUCUCCCACCAAGGGUCUCAGGAGACCGUGGGAGAAGAUGAGGGGGCCCCAGGCCUGGGCCUCCUUCCUCCUGGUUCUGGAAGCUGCUUCCGUGCUGGGGAGGCAGACCGUGCUCGGCCAGUCCGUGCAGAGAGUCCAGCCUGCCAGGAGGCCCCCAGACCACUGGACCACAACGGCUCAGCCCCUGGAGAGCUUGGGAGAGUGGACCACGUGGUUCAACAUCGACCACCCUGGAGGCCGAGGGGACCUGGAGCUUCUGGACGCCAUCCACUUCUACUAUGGGGCGCAGCGCGUGUGUGCUCGGCCGCUGCAGCUGGAGGCCCGCACCACCAACUGGACGCCCGCAGCCCACACUGGCCAGGUGGUCCAUGCCAGCCCCCAUGAUGGCUUCUGGUGCCUCAACCGAGAGCAGCGGCCUGGCCAGAACUGCUCCAACUACACAGUGCGCUUCCUCUGUCCGCCAGGGUCCCUGCGGCGGGAUGCUGAGCGCAUCUGGAGCCCCUGGUCCCCCUGGAGCAAGUGCUCGGCUGCCUGUGGCCACACGGGUGUCCAGACUCGAACCCGAGCCUGCCUGGCUGAGAUGGUGUCCCUGUGCAGUGAGGCCACUGAGGAGGGCCGGCUUUGCGAGGAACAGGCCUGUACAGCCUGUGACCUGCACUGCCCCAUGGGCCGGCCCAACGCUGCCUGCGACUCCUGCAUGUGCCCGGAAUUUGUGCUGCACGGGGUCGUGUCCCUCCCAGGGGGCGCCCCAGCUUCCGGGGCCACCGUCCACCUCCUGGGCAAGAAACCGAGGACGCUGACCCAGACGGAUGGCCAUGGCAGGUUCCGGGUCCCAGGCUUGUGCCCCGAUGGCAGGAGCUCCCUGAAGGUCACCAAGGUCAAGUUCGUGCCUGCCGUGCUCACAGUGCCCAAGACCAGCCUGAGGGCAGCCACGGUCAGCGCUGAGCUCUCCAGGGCAGAGUCUCCGUUCAUGGUGACGAGCCCUGAGACGAAGGUGCGGAAAGCCGGCCAGAGCGUGUCCCUGUGCUGCAAGGCCACCGGGAAGCCCAGCCCCGACAAGUACUUGUGGUACCACAACAACUCUCUGCUGGACCCGGCCCUCUACAACCACGAGAGCAAGCUGUUGCUGCGGGGCCUGCGGAGGGAGCAAGCGGGAGAGUACUUCUGCAAGGCCCAGAGUGAUGCGGGGGCCGCCAAGUCCCUGGUGGCCCAGCUGACCGUCACAGAUCCCAAGGAGCCCCCCUGCAACCCCACCCCCGAGAGCUACCUCAUCCGCCUGCCCCACGACUGCUUCCAGAACGCCACCAACUCCUUCUACUACGACGUGGGCCACUGCCCGGCCAGGCCUUGCACGGGCCCCCGGGACCCGGCCCUCCGCUGCCAGGACUCGCCCGGGCACUGCUGCGGCCUGGCCCGCACGGAGGAGCAUCAGAUCCAGUGCGACGGCUACACGCUGCCCACGCGGGUGGCCCGGGCCUGCGGCUGCCAGCACUGCACAGAGACCCGCAGCCUGGUGCGCGGCCGGGUCAGCGCCGCCGACAACGGGGAGCCCCUGCGCUUCGGCCACGUGUACCUGGGGGGCAGCCUCGUGGGCAUGACGGGCUACAAGGGCACCUUCACGCUGCCCGUGCCCACUGGGCUGGAGAGGUUGGUGCUGACCUUCGUGGACCGGCUGCACAAGUUCCUCAACACCACCAAGGUGCUACCCUUCAGCCGUCGGGGUGGCACCGUGUUCCACGAGGUCAAGGUCCUCCGCCGCAAGGCGCCCGUCACCCUGGACGCCGCCUCGACCAACGUCAUCCCCCUGGGCGAGGUGACCGGCGAGGACCCAGUGGCCGAGCUGGAGAUCCCUUCCGGAAGCUUCUACCGGCAGAAUGGGGAGCCCUACCUGGGCCCGGUGCAGGCCAGCGUUACCUUCCUGGACCCCCGGGACAUGCGCACAGCUGCGGCCGCCCAGAGCGACUUCAACUUCCUUGGUGACGACGGGGACACCGUCCCACUCCGGACCUAUGGCAUGUUCUCGGUGGACUUCCGCGACGAGGCGGCCUCAGAGCCCUUGAACGUGGGUCGGGUCAAGGUGCGGCUGGAUGCUGAGCAGGUGCGGAUGUCGGAGCACCUGCCCGCCAUGCGGCUCUGGUCGCUCAACCCCGACACGGGCCUGUGGGAGGACGAGGGGGGCUUCCAGGUGCAGGGGGGGCGGGCGCGGGGCCGGCGGGAGGAAAGGGUCUUCCUGGUGGGCAACAUGGAGAUCCGAGAGCGGCGGCUCUUCAACCUGGACGUACCCGAGGCCCGUCGCUGCUUCGUCAAGGUCAGGGCCUACCGUGGCCAACGCUUCCUACCCAGCGAGCAGAUCCAGGGUGUGGUGGUGUCCGUCAUCAACCUGGAACCCAGGGCCGGCUUCUCCUCCAACCCCCGGGCCUGGGGCCGCUUCGACAGCGUCCUCACGGGCCCCAACGGUGCCUGCCUGCCGGCCUUCUGCGACGCGCUGUCCCCGGACGCCUACUCCGCCUACUUCCUGGCCAGCCUGGGCGGGGAGGAGCUGGAGGCCGUGGAGUCCGCUCCCAAGUUCAACCCCAAUGCCAUCGGGGUCCCCCAGCCCUACCUGGGGAGGCUCAAGUACCGCCGGACGGACCACGAGGACCCCCGGCUAAAGAAGACGGCCUUCCAGAUCAACAUGGCCAAGCCCAGGCCCGGCGCGGCCGAGGAGAGCCGGGGCCCCGUGUACGCCUUCGAGAACCUCCGGGCCUGCGAGGAGGCCCCCCCGACGGCUGCCCACUUCCGCUUCUACCAGAUUGAGGGCGACCGUUACGACUAUAACACCGUGCCCUUCAACGAGGACGACCCCCUGAGCUGGACGGCGGACUACCUGGCCUGGUGGCCCAAGCCCAUGGAGUUCCGGGCCUGCUAUAUGAAGGUCAAGAUCGUUGGGCCGCUGGAGGUGAAUGUGAGGUCGAGGAACAUGGGAGGCACCCACCGGCGGACGGUGGGCCAGCUGUACGGCAUCCGAGACGUGAAGAGCACUCGGGACGGGGAGCAGCCCGGUGUGUCGGCCGCCUGCGUGGAGUUCAAGUGUGGCGGGAUGCUCUACGACCAGGACCGCGUGGACCGCACGCUGGUCAAGAUCGUGCCCCAGGGCAGCUGCCGGCGGGCCGGGGUCAAUCCCAUGCUGCACGAGUACCUGGCCAACCACCUCCCGCUGGCCGUCAACAACGACACGAGCGAGUACACCAUGCUGGCGCCCCUGGACCCGCUGGGCCACAACUACGGCAUCUACACCGUGACCGACCAGGACCCGCGCACGGCCAAGGAGAUCGCGCUGGGCCGCUGCUUCGACGGCACAUCCGACGGUGCCUCCAGGGUCAUGAAGGCCAGUGUGGGGGUGGCCCUGACCUUCAACUGCAUGGAGCGGCAGGUGGGCCGCCAGAGCGCCUUCCAGUACCUCCGGAGCGCGCCCCCUGCCCAGGCCUCAGUGUCUGGGGGCACCGUCCGGGGAGCGGGGGCCGCCCAGAGGCAGCAGAGGGCCAGCCGGGGCGGUCAGCGCCGGCGUAGUGGGGACACCCUCCUGAGGCUUCCUAGGGGGACUCAGCAGGACUGAGUCUCCUGGUGGUGCUCCCCCUGCUCCCGUCCCCCCGUCCCCACGUGGCAGUCCUCUGUCACCGGGUAAUUUAAGGUCAGCUGUUCUGGGCUCUCUCGCUCGCUCGCCGGUUUCUUCAUGCUUUUACUCGCUGUCCCUGUCCCCUACCGCUGGUGGGCACCCAAGAGUGGCCACAUGAAGAACCUGGAGGUUUCCAGGUCCCGUUCUUGCCAAGAAACAGGAAAGAAACGGGCCUCCCUCGGGAUAACUGCAACUUCGAAGCGUGCCCCGCCUUCUCGAAUGAUUUCAACCCUCCCACCCCCCACAACCUGGAUGGUCUGAUGCCCGAGGUCCAAGAAUCCCUGAGAGCUGAGUUCUGGGACUUGCUCCUCAAGACACCAGCCAGACCCCCUGCCACUACCCUGUGUCCAUGGCGGGGGUGGGGGAGAUAAAAGCCUAAGCGACAACACUGCUUUUUACUUGAAUUGUAAAUAACCUAUUUAUUCCCUCACUGCCGGUGCUGAGGCCAGGCAAAGCAGAGUUCCUCUGGCAGCUCUGGAGAGAGCACCUUCUCGGACCCAGGCAUACACUGGGCCGCUGAUUCUACGAGUGUGUUUCUCUUUAAAUUUGCCUUUUGCUCCCUAGAAGCCCAGGCUAGCCCAGAGCAGUUUCAAUAAAUGCAUAUUUUGUCCUUGGA